AUGGAUGUAGUUCGAUCACUAGGCCUAGAGGAUGUUCCAGAGCAGCAAACUCGAAUUGGCCUAUUUUUGUCGUCUGGCGGUGAACUUGUUGAGGAUGUGAAAGUUGGGUUUGAUGUUUGCGUUGCAUGCGGAAAUUCUAAUCCUAAAAUCUAUUGUCAAGCAUGUAAGCGAGUCAAAUACUGCUCCGAUGCAUGUAAGAAGAAGGAUACUACGCCACCUGAUGAUGAUGAAGAGCAAGCUCUUGGACAUUCCUCCAUAGUUUGUACACUACUUCGGACUUGCAACGAUGACGAGCUUGUUGAAGGAAAGGAGGACAAGGGAAUGCCGGAAGCCAAGAGAACGCCAGCCUUUGACCGCGUGGCCAGUGAAAUGGAAUCAUACCCUGCGACCCUUGCAAACAUAAUAUUUGAAGGACCAUGCUUUCAGGAGAAGCUCCAAAAAAACUCGGGAGGUGAGGUCGAAAUUCAUGUAAUCGGGACAUCUCCGGACUCAGAGCUAUGGGAGGGCCACCCUGACUCAUCUCAAGAGAAGAAGGUUUUCAAAUGCUAUGCUGAAGCACUAUCUGAAAUGGCAGAUAGAUUCAAAUUUGAAUCUAUCCAAUUGAAGUUCAUCGGACCAGAGUGCCCAAAGAUAGAUAUGGUGGACACGAUCCUGAUUCCGUCCAUGAAGAACCGAAAGAUCAAAUGCAAGCUAAAUGUCAUGACAAAGCGAGUAAAUUACAGCAAAUCGCUCCUGAAUGGCAAACACUUCAAUUGUCCAGAUAUAGUGGUAUUCUUUAAUCCAGGUUUCACAUGUCCUGAUUACACCUGGGAAGAAGCAGUAUCAGCAAUUCCAGGUGGUACCCCAUACCUUGUCACAACGAAUACUGAGCUCGAGGGGAUCGCCGAUGCACAGUACCUUAUGGAGAAUUCAUUUAUUGCCCAUCUACCCGAGGGACUUGCACAUAUCCUCGAACCCGAUGCACCCAGAACUGAAAUUGAAGACAAUGAGACUUUCUUUAGUAUAAACCCUUUUAGUGGCGAACGGGUCCGACAAAGUGGAACUAUGGCAAAUGAUUUGUAUGUGAAGUCGAGGUGGAUUCUUGGUGGAAAGUUGUUGGGUUCGGAAUCGAAAGAAAGUAAAACUUCCAAGAAGAGACAAAAGGUUACGGGAUCUGGAAACACAAAGAAAAAUAACCCAGCUCUGAUAUAA